CAGACAAAUAUUCCCCACUUUAGAAUUAAAAUGCUAAAUUGAUAAUGUAAGAAGGCAGGGAUAUUAUAAUUAGAGGUCUCUCUCUCUCUCUGUGGCAUGUACAUACGCACACAGCUCAUAAAGCAAGGUGGUACACACGCAUAGGGCUUCCACUCAAAACCAUCCCAAACUUUCCUUCUUGCUUUUGAAACCAAUUUCAAGAAAAGGGUGUUUUUAUUUUUCUUUCUUUUCAUCAACAAUAAUCUCUGAAUCUUCAGUUUCAUCCAUGGAUACUGCUCAGUGGCCACAGGAGAUAAUGGUGAAACCAAUAGAAGAGAUAGUCACAAACACAUGCCCAAAGCCUGCAGCUUUGGAGAGGAAGGCCAGACCUCAAAAAGAGCAAGCCUUGAACUGUCCAAGGUGCAAUUCAACCAACACUAAGUUCUGUUACUAUAACAACUACAGUCUCACUCAGCCUAGAUACUUCUGCAAGACUUGUAGAAGGUAUUGGACUGAAGGUGGUUCGCUCAGAAACAUUCCUGUCGGUGGUGGUUCCAGAAAGAACAAGAGAUCAGCUUCUUCUACUUCUUCAUCUUCUUCCUCUUCAUCUUCUAAGAAACUUCCUGAUCUUGUUACACCUCCAAGUUUGUCACAGUCUUCUAUUCAAAACCCUAAGAUCCAUGAAGGCCAAGAUCUCAACAUAGCUUUCCCAUCUACUCAAGGUAUAAGAAGUUUCUCUGAAUUGAUUCAAGUACCUAACGUUGAAACCAACAACAAGAACCAAAUCUCUUCUUCUUCUACAUCCACUACAUCUCAACUUUCAGCUUUGGAACUGCUAACGGGAAUCUCUUCAAGGGGUUUGAAUUCUUUCAUGCCUAUGCCAGUUCAAGAUCCAAACUCAGUUUACACAUCUGGGUUUUCUCUUCAAGAUUUCAAGCCAACGUUGAAUUUCUCUCUGGAUGGGCUUGGAAGUGGGUAUGGUAGUGUCCAGGGGGUUCAAGAGACUGGUGGGAGGCUUUUGUUUCCGUUUGAAGAUCUAAAGCAAGUCUCAAGCGCAACUGAUAUUGAGCCGAACAGAGAGCAGGGAGAUUCAGCUGGAUAUUGGACAGGAAUGUUGGGUGGAGGUGGAGGAUCAUGGUAAAGCUAGACAGAUGAAGAAAAUAAGUAAUCUGGGCGGUUUUUUUUUUUUCCUUUGGAUUUUUUAAAAAAAAAAACUUUUUAUUAAUUUGGGUGACCUGUUUGGAUUUCUUCAUUACUAACAGAUAGGAUACAUGGGUUUCUCUAUAUUUGCUUUGUUAUUUUAAUUUCAAUCAUCUUCUUUACUAUCUUAAUUAAACUCUGGAUGUUUGAAGCUUCUUUUAGAUUGGCUUCAUUUUAAGUGGGGAAAUGGGGUUUGUAUAAGAUACAAGAAGAAGAAGAAGAAGAGAUCAAGCUAAGCCCAGAUUUUUUUUAGGGUAUGCAACGAGUACAAGAGGUCAUGAACCACGUACAUAUGCUCCACUUCAUAUCAUGUCAUGUCUCUUCCAUCACUAAAGCAAGAGCUAGCAGGAAGGCUUACCCAUCUAGCUAUUAUGUGUCAUUGGUUGUAGCUUGGUAUAAAAAACAAAAUAAUGUAUGAUGUGAAAAUUUGUAAGGAGUUCUAUGGAUGAAAGGCUUUGUUCAUUAUUA